AUGGCGGCGCGGACGCAGGCGUGGCAGUUCGCGGCCGCCUUGGUCUUCUUCCACGGCUCCGAGUACGUCCUCGCCGCCGCCUUCCACGGCCACAGCAACGUCACCGCCACCUCACUUCUUAUCAGCAAGCAGUAUGUUUUGGCAAUGAGUUUUGCGAUGGUGGAACACCUGACAGAAAGCCUUUUCUUCCCAGAAAUAAAAGGGUAUCUGUUUGUCAGUAAUAUUGGCCUUCUGAUGGUGCUUGUUGGUGAAAUUAUUCGUAAAAUUGCUGUUGUAACAGCUGGACGUGCCUUUACACAUGUUAUACGGAUUCAGUAUGAAGACCAGCAUCAGUUGAUUUAUGCGGCAUCCUGGGUAUUCAGGCUUUCUUCUAUGGGCAGUUGGAACGCAGUUUUUAUUGUGAUCCCUUCACUCAAGAGCAGAUAUGAAGAAUUUUUCUUGAGGCAAUUUUUUGGCUCUCAAUAUGAAGAAUAUGCACGGAAAGUGCACUCGGGGUUACCAUUUAUAAACUGA